UCUAGUCAACGACGUAGAACAAGCCGAAAAAAAACUUCAACAUGAAAUUCAUCAUUGUUUUUGUUGCCCUCUUCGCCUUGGCUUUGGCCGCUCCCGCCGAAGUUGAAAUUUUGAAGAGCGAAUCUGAUGUUGGUCCCGAAUCCUUCCAAUAUGCUUAUGCCACCAGCGAUGGUCAAGAAGCUGAAGCUCAAGGUCAAUUGAAGAAUGUCGGCUCUGAAGAUGAAGCUAUCUCCGUCAAGGGCUCUUUCUCUUUCGUUGCUGAUGAUGGCCAAACCUACACCGUCAACUAUGUUGCCGAUGAAAACGGUUUCCAACCCCAAGGUGCCCAUUUGCCCGUUGCCCCUGAAGCUUAAGUUGUUGAUUUGUUCCUGAAAUCUAACCCCUAAUCCUUUAUCCUUCACUCCCAAACUCCUUUCCCCUCCUCAAAUUUCCCCUACCCAACCCACAAACCCUUUGUAAAAUGUUAUAAAUUGCUCUCUAUAGUUGGCAAUAUUUGUCAACCGUAGUGGAGAAUUAUUAUCAAAGUUGUUAUUUGACCAAAAUAGGAUAAGUCAAAAAAGGAAAAAAAAUCGAAAUUAAAAAAAAUAUAUAAUUUUUUUAAUUACAAACAA